UCAAGCUCGUCAACACUGGAGCAGCUUCCUCAAUUUCUCGCUCUCUGAAUUCGAUAUAAAAAAAUCCAAAAAGUUAAGUCAAAUGUCGUCCAAUUUCAGUCAACGCCUUAAUUUUAACUGAUCAGCUUCUCAUUUGAAGUCACUCUUGCAACCCCUUCAGAUCUAGAUCGGCGCUUUCUCCAGGUUCUUCAUUGAUCUCUCCAUCUAGGGUUUGCUGUUUUUUGGUCAGUUAGGGUUUUUUUUUUAUAAGAAUCAAGGAAGUUUAGGUCUGAGAUUCGCUAAGGAAUCUGUUUCUAUCUCAAAGAUCUGUGCUUUCCUCAAUUUCUCCAUCGUUCACUCGGCGAAAAGCUUGAGAAAGAAAGAAAAAAAGAGUUUUUUUAGUUGCUUUCUAUGCGAUAAUCUUGGGCUCUUCGUUUAAUGGGCAAUACAUGCCGUGGAUCUGUACUGAGCAACCACUUUCAGUACUCAGAGCGCACAGACCACUCAAUCUCCGACACGACCUACACUCAAACCUCAAUCGACUCAUCUCAGCUUUCGAACUCCUCGGAUCUCGACCAGUUCCCGCCGAAGCCCGCUGCCGUCACCCCUCGAUCCGCCAUGCGCCGAGGUAUCGAACCGGGGCCCACUUCGGUCCUCGGUCACAAGACCCCCAACAUACAGGACCUCUACACACUCGGCCGCAAGCUCGGGCAAGGCCAGUUCGGCACGACUUACCUCUGCACUGAGAUUUCCACCGGGACUGAUUAUGCUUGCAAGUCUAUAUCGAAAAGGAAGCUGCUUGCGAAGGAGGACGUUGAGGACGUGCGGAGAGAGAUUCAAAUAAUGCACCAUUUAGCAGGGCACAAGAAUGUGGUGACUAUAAAGGGGUCUUAUGAGGAUUCUCUGUAUGUGCAUAUUGUGAUGGAGCUUUGCGCCGGCGGAGAGCUUUUCGAUAGAAUUAUAGCGAGGGGGCAUUAUAGUGAGAGGAAAGCUGCGGAGAUUGCGAAGAUUGUUGUUGGGGUUGUCGAGGCGUGCCAUUCGCUCGGGGUGAUACAUAGGGAUCUCAAGCCGGAGAAUUUCUUGUUGGUUAAUAAGGAUGAUGAUUUAUCUCUGAAGGCUAUUGAUUUCGGACUGUCGGUGUUCUUCAAACCUGGUGAAGUCUUUAGAGAUGUUGUUGGGAGCCCAUAUUAUGUAGCUCCUGAGGUACUAUGCAAGCGUUACGGACCAGAAGCCGAUGUGUGGACUGCUGGUGUGAUACUCUACAUCUUGCUGAGUGGUGUACCGCCUUUUUGGGCAGAAACACAACAAGGGAUAUUUGAUGCGGUUUUGAAGGGAGUAAUUGAUUUUGAUUCGGAUCCAUGGCCUUUGAUAUCUGACAGUGCUAAGGACCUAAUCAGAAAGAUGCUUUGUUCUCCUCCUUCGGCACGACUGACAGCUCAUGAAGUACUAUCUCAUCCCUGGAUUUGUGAAAAUGGUGUUGCUCCUGACCGACCUUUGGAUCCAGCUGUCCUUUCUCGCAUCAAACAAUUUUCAGCCAUGAAUAAGUUGAAGAAGAUGGCUUUACGAGUAAUAGCUGAAAGCCUUUCAGAGGAGGAGAUUGCUGGAUUAAAAGAGAUGUUCAAAGCAAUGGACACUGACAACAGUGGUGCAAUUACAUUUGAUGAGCUGAAGGAAGGUUUGAGAAGAUAUGGUUCCACUUUGAAGGAUACAGAGAUACGUGAUCUCAUGGAAGCGGCUGAUGUGGACAACAGUGGUACUAUUGACUAUGGGGAGUUUAUUGCUGCAACUAUACAUCUCAACAAAUUGGAACGUGAAGAGCAUUUGGCAGCGGCUUUUAAAUAUUUUGACAAGGAUGGAAGUGGUUACAUCACUGUUGAUGAACUUCAGCAAGCUUGCAAAGAGCAUAACAUGGAAGAUGUUCUUCUUGAGGAUGUAAUCAAGGAAGUUGAUCAAGAUAAUGAUGGUCGUAUCGAUUAUGGUGAAUUUGUUGCUAUGAUGCAAAAGGGCAAUAUGGGAGUUGGAAGGAGAACCAUGAGGAACAGUUUGAAUAUAAGCAUGAGGGACGUGCCAGGGGCGCGAGUUCUGUAAAAUUCUUACCGUUGUUGUACAGGUUGCUUAAGAUAAUUUUUAGCUUUUCCUGUUUACCUCCCCAUUUCUUAUUAGGGUUGCGUGUCUAUUUUAAUUCAUUUCUAAAAUUCAGGAAAUUGUGGUGUGUAGAGAUUGAACUUCCUCUGUAUAAUUUUGUUUCUGUGACAUAUGGUUCAUGGUAACAUAUCUGUUUGCUAAGGUUGUAAAAGUAUAUAUUAUAUGUAGGUACUUCAUGUGUUUA